GGAUACCAUGGGCAGCGGCUGUGGGACUUCGCUCUCUCCGGCUUGGAUCGCCCUGGUCACCCUUCUGAUCCUAUUGGGAGCAGGACCAGUUGCCUGCGACGGAGUUCUGAGAUGCUACAAGUGCAACGAGACGGACAAAACAUGCGGAACAGCUCGGAAUCCGCUAGGGAAUGUUUUUGAGUGUCACAACUCGACCAUGUGCUUCUUUACCACCCACACCCACGUCAUGCUGGCUGGCCGCAGCUGGACCAAGACCGUGCGCGGUUGUGCUCAGCAGGUGAAGAUGGUACACAAUCUAGUGGAAAAGAACAAGAAGUCACGUUGGGAUGUAGGAUACACUGUGGAUAACGAUGCCUACCAAGAAGGCUGCAUGACCAAGGACAACGUGCAGCACUGCUACUGUCGGGAAUCACUUUGCAAUUCAUCUCUUAAUCUGAGACUCGAUCUUGGACUGCCAGUACUGUUGAUAUUGAUGUUCCUGGGAAAGUUACUUCUUCCGGUCUAGUCGUUGUGUGACACUUUUAGGGGUGUGCUUAUUGAGAUACUCGUACUUCCGGGGAAUGUGUCGAGGCCUCGAAAAUAGUUUUAAGAAGAUUAAAGACGAUUUAAGAGCGACAAUUUUACAGUGUUGAAGCCUUGUCAAUAAAGCGAGAAUA